AUGUGGAACUCUGCGCCGCAGUGGUUGAUGAGAAGCACGCAACAUCGUCCUGCUGAAUUACAUGCGAUCGAACAAGCCGCGUCGCCCCUCAAGGCAACCAUGCGGUCUCUCGGAUCGUCCCUUAUCCCAGCAUUCCCUUGCAGGCUCCAGCAACCAGUCUCCACGCCCAGCAUGAUGCUCCAUCAUUUGACGGCAGUGAUGCAUCUUGCGCCCCUCAAGCCCUCGCUGCCCAGUUCCAAAGUCGCCAUUCCUGCAGAGAGCAGAAAACAACAAGCAACGUCAUCAUAUUUUUGUGUGCAGAACGUGCCUAUGACCCCAAAAUAUUAUGCUCUCGACCAAACAAUCGUCUGCCCACAUUGUUACGGCUCUGCAUGUCUACAGACCAUUCCAAGUACUUUGCUGCGACCCUGUCGACCCCAGAUAACCAAAAAAAGAUCCUUUGCUUAA